UCCGUUCCGCUCGAUGAAAGCCUUGCGCGUUGACGUCACCCCGUUACUCACCCGCUUGCCCCGGGCGCUCUCGCGAGUUUUGAUCAGCUGUUGUAUCUGUUUUUAGUCUCAGUGUUCGGGCUGCAGCACGUGGGGAGUGAGAGCUGUUCUGGUUGUGAGGGGUGCAGCUGAAUUAUAACAUUGUGCACAAUUUUACAGUGGAGUUGCAAAUAAUAUACAGGUAAAGCUUCAAGGGUGCAGCGCAGAUGGCACUGAGAUUUCGAUCGCUUAUCCCCUACACGUUGCCUGGCGUGCUGGCCCUGAUUGGCUGGUGGUGGUACGUCUCUCGCAAGAAAGGGCGAAUCAGCAGUCACGACACGAAGGAUGGGGUCAGCAUUGCGCUGCAGGAGCAGAGCGCCGUCGCGACCGGAGCGACAGCUUCCGCUGAAGACAGCAACAGAAUCCUAGAGGAAAGAAACUUAACUCCGACGGCUGCUGCUGCUGAAGCCAACACAGACUUCGAAAGAAAAAAACUAAAACAGGACAAAGUAAAACAAGGAGAAAAAGUAGCCGAACAAGAAGUAGUAGAAAUUCACAUACCAGGGUCUGCGGCCGCCAUGGAAAGGCUGGCUCAGACCUUGCCAAUAGAAACGCUCGGAAGAACGGACGCAACCACAACCUGCAGCAGCUCGCUUGCUGAACUUGACACCGCAGCUCCAGAAUUAGCGCUGGCGGAGAUGCUGACUUCCAAAGAGGAGUGCAUUGUGACAUCAUGUGCAGAAGAGCCUUCCGUCCUCCAUCCACCGAAUACUGAGGAGGACGCAGCCGCGUCGCUGAGACCAGUGGGAGCUGCAGAAGCGUUCAGCUUGACUGAGGCGCUGCAAUGUUCUGACGCUCCGCUGUUGGAUGAGUCUAUAGUGGUGCCUGCCGCCGCUGCCGCCACCACCACCACCACCACGGCUAACGUGAUCUUCUCAGUGGAGGCCAGUGAAAAGAAACCGAAGGAAAUUGAGGAGGUGAUGCAGUUGGUGGUAGCGGCGACAACAUUUGACGUUCUAGAAACCAAGGCAGUCUCCUCUGACGCCCGGCUAACUGAAGCGGUAAGGCCAGAGCCAGAAGGAGAAGUAGCGGCGGACAAAAUCUCAGUGCCUUUUACGGAGAAGAAACAAGAAGCAGCCGGAAAAGCAAAAGAAAGCUGCCACAGCCGCCGUCUCUCCAAAGUUGAAACGUCUACAGCAGCUACAGCAACAGAAGCAGCAGCAGCAGCAGAAAACUGCACAACGAAAUCAGGCAGUCGGGAGCCCCUCUGCUUAGAAACACCCUCCUCCUCCCGCCACCUCACAGCUACACCUGCACUAACACCCCCACCCCCACAGGAGGAGCCCUCCAAUCACAGGAUAGGGAAACCGCUGGAGAACGGCCUGCCGGAAGGCGUAGCGGGAAACUUGGAAGAAAUUGAGAGUCUGGCCUCCGGUUUAAUUUCGGAGGUCAUAAUGGCAGCGAAGCAGGAGGUGCUUAACGUCAGUCAGUAUGAAGGAGAAAAAGUAACUGUGGAGCAGAGAGGAAAUGUGGCAGCGGAACACAGAGGAAAUGGCAGCAGCCUCUCAAAUGGGAGAGCAUGUGCGGUACGAGACCAAGAGAAGACGGAAAGCAGAGAGACGUCAAAGAAGGCGAUGGUUCAGACCAGCGCGACGAUGGCGGCAACCCAGGCGAAAGGCGCCGGAGACGGCCAAGCCAAAGCGAACGCUGCGGAGAAGCAACACACGGCCGAAGUCCAAGUGCAGACCUGCCUGGUGUUGAACGGAUGUCUGCCGACCACGUGGGAGAAGAGGCAGGAGAGUGGACGCAGAAGAGCGAGCGAGCAGAGCGUAUCGCUGGAGGCGGCGCACAGCCUCACAGAGGUCCUCGUGGGUCACGUGGCGGAGGCUGUCGCGGGAGCAGAGGAUUCUGGGUGCAGCACUUGCCAGUCUGAGGACGGCGUCAGCAGCGAGGACCUGCUGCAGAGCACGGGGCUGUCCUGCACGCUGCCCGAGCGCAAGGCGGACGUGCUGGGCGUCUCGACGAUCGAGGGAGUGUCUGGGUCGGGAGAGUCCGCCCCAGAAGUGGCUCCGGCAACGGAGAGUAGGGAGUGUGGGAAUGGGGGACUCAACGGCAGCGCUGCCAGCUUGAGGAACGAGAGCCGCUGGGCAACUGACCCGGAAGCAGAUCAUUCUGGAGGUUCUGAUGUGAACAGCAUGGACUCUGUAGACAGCGGGUGUACGCUGGGGGUCGGAGAGACCCCUCGAACCAACAGCCAGCCGUCGCUGCAGCUGCUCAAAUCCGAGCUCACCAUCUGGGAGAUUGAGGUGCCAAAGCAUCUUGUCGGGCGAUUAAUUGGGAAACAGGGAAGGUACGUGAGCUUCCUGAAGCAAAACUCUGGUGCCAAGAUCUACAUUUCAACACUGCCUUACACACAGGAGUUUCAGAUCUGUCACAUAGAGGGGUCACAGCCGCAGGUGGAUAAAGCACUGGGGCUCAUAGGGAAGAAGUUUAAAGAACUGGACCUCGCAAACCUCUACGCCCCUCCGCCUCUCCCCCUCGCACUGCCGUCUCUGCCGAUGACUUCCUGGCUCCUGCUCCCGGACGGAGUCACCGUGGAGGUGGUCGUGGUGAAUAUCGUGACGGCGGGUCACAUGUUCGUGCAGCAGAGCACGCACCCCACGUACCACGCCCUGCGCAGCCUCGACCAGCAGAUGUUACUGUGCUACUCGCGGCCCGGCGUGCCCACUCUGCCCUCGCCGGCUGAAGUCGGAGUGAUCUGUGCUGCGCCUGCCGUCGAAGGAGCCUGGUGGCGAGCUCAGGUUAUUAACUUUUACAAAGACUCCAGCGAGGUGGAGAUCAGAUACGUGGACUACGGGGGCUACGAAAGGGUGAAGAUCGAUGCGCUCCGCCAAAUCAGAUCUGAUUUUGUAACACUACCGUUCCAAGGAGCCGAAGUCCUGUUGGAUAACGUGGUGCCCCUUCCAGGCGAGGACCGGUUUCCCAGCGAAGGUGACUCCGCUCUUGAAGAGAUGACCCGUGGAGCCGCUCUCCUUGCGCAGGUUACAAACUACGACAGCAACAGUGGCCUGCCUUUAAUACAGCUGUGGAACAUGGCUGGAGACGAGCUGGUGUCGGUAAACCGGGUUCUUGUGGAGAGAGGGUUUGGCUCGUGGGUCGACAGCUUCUAACCAGUCCUGGGACCCCUCCCCACCCCCCCACCCACUCCCAACACCAUUCUCUUUUUGCACUGCACACUGGGGUUAGGCUUGGCAGUAAAGACGGAUCUAACAAAGUCAUAAAUAAACUGUCCUUGGGAAUAUAAGAUGAUGUCCAUUUCUAUAUAAAUAUUUAUAUGUGGUACUUUUUUUGAAGUGGUUUUUUUUUUUUGUUUUAUUUCCUCUUGCAUUGUAUUCUGCAUACAGCCCUAUUUGAUUCCUUUGAUAGUUUGUAUGCAGGCUCUGCAGACACAAUACAUCAUGUGGGGUAGCGGGUGGGUGGGUUUGGUGAAGAUCACCACUUUGCGUCAAGCCCAGGAUAAGCACUUCUAUUACUCUUGUGUAAAAUAAAUAAAUAAAUAAAAUCAAGAUUGAGCAGGCCCUUGUCCGUUAAGGAGUUUGCCAUCAGGGGGGCAUCAUGGCAUGGGGGAGAUCUGGGAACUGCAUUCCCAAAGACACUUCACUCGGGUUUGGAUUUCUUUUUUUUUUCUUUUUAUAAUACAACAAUGUACAAACCUGUAAAAAAAAAAAAAAAAAAAAAAAUCUACAUGUCUUGCUUUUUGGGUUAACUUGUGGAUCAUUCUGUGUUUUGGGAGACAUGCAUUUAAGUAAUCCAUUCAGUCAUAGCUGCACAGGCGACAAAAACUGAGCUUGUCUCUAGCCGGUGUGUUCUGCUCAAUAUCAUGCAAGAAAGGCAGCUGUUUGAGAACAUGUUGUAUUUUUGGCAGCUUGUUGUCUGACCUGGCCCGGUCUCGAGGGUGUUUUGUCUUUUCUUUUUCUUUUUUUUGUUUUGUUGUUAAACUGUGGCCUUUUCAAAUAGAAAACGUCUGCUCUGGUACGUUUAGAGCAGCCGGUCACUUCAGCUCUGACCGGUUAUCUCGGAUAAGUCCAGCCAGUAUACUUUUCAUCAGGGAUUGCUUGUCCUUCUGAACUGCAGCUAAUGCAAGUGUGAGAGAUUGGGAGAGUUUCCGAUAUGUUCAGUGCGCGCAUGAUCAGUUUAACGAGCCCUCCUAAUACGGCUGCUUGAUGUCUUGAUUCUGGGUCAGACAGUUGGCAUCACAGCCCAUCAAGUGCUCUGCUUGGUAACUGGAGCAGGCACCAGAGCAGGCAGUUGUGCAACACUACAGUAUGCAAUUUGGAAAUAAAAACACUAUGGGUAGAGAGACUAUCAACACAUACCGUUGUGUUGACUGUCCUGUUUUAUUAGGGUGAUGCUGUUUGUUUCUGAAGCGAAGUCUACACUAUUGUAGUAAUAAAAUACUGACUUACGAUGCAAACUCAGCUGUUGAAUAGCUGUACAGUAUGUUUCAGGGAAGUGUCUUCAGAGUACUUUUAUUUUUUUGUGUUUUUGUUUUUUCCGACCCUCAAGUAACUGUAACACCUGCAGAACUGUCCACAUUGUGCAGCAAUACCUGCCCAUAGAGAUGCUGGGGUCCUGCAAUAAGAUUUGAAACUCCUCAGCGGUUGUCUCGGCAAACAGCAUUGGGGGUUUGAGAGCGGCUCUUGUGGUUUGAUGCACAAAGCCACAGUCGAAAUUAAUAAAAACUAGGUCUUGGCUGAAAGAUAACCCGGGUCUGUGCAGAAGUCUUCUGGGUUCUCAUGUAAUAUCAGUGUGGUAAAAACGGUUUGCUCUGAAAUGUACCUUUUUUCUUGUUUUUAUGACUGUUUGUAAAUUAAUAAAUACUGUACCUGUGCACUGUGGACACACUGCAGCUUGUCUUUCGUAUCUCUUCAGUUUUGUGCUAGAGCUGUCCGGGGCCUCUAUCUCUCUGUACGUUGGGUUUCUGUGGGGUGUGUUUCAUGCUUUUACACAGAGAAACUCUGACUUGUGUAUACAGUAACCCUUUUCCUUGCUAGCUCUUUACAAUUCACCCAACCCUUUCCAAGCCCAUCAAUUUGUUUACCAAGCUCACCUGGGGCUGAAAGUCAAGUCGGCCCAAGCAAGGUCCUGCUCUGUUACAGAAGGGAAUUCCGGUUCUGUGAGCAGGCCAGUGGGUUGCCAGGAAACGUUAGAACUCACGCGUGUAACAAUGGAACGUGUUCCGUUUAAAGGAGAUCAAAGGUUUAUUCUGUGUGUGUGUGUUUCUCUAUAAAUAUAUUAAACUUGCAGCAGUGCACAGGACAAAGCUGAUGCUGCAAUACACGUAUUACAAAUGUAAAUGUUUUUAUAUAUCUGGCCCUUUUUUUUCCUUGCCUUUCUGCUUAUUAUAAUCAUUUAAACUCCUCGCUGUCCCUUUUUACUCAUCUUGAUAUACAAAUCUACUGUACAUUUGUGUGUUUUUUAAAUUAUUAUUCUCAUUUAAUCCCUGCCAAGCCUAAUUGCCAACUACAACCCUGUGCAGAUCUAUCUGUGUAAAUAUAAUAUAUUUAACUAAUUUUUGUAAAACAUUUUUGGGGGAGUAAACAAACAAGGGACUGACUCUUUUUUUUUUUUUGUUUUGUUUUUUAAAAUCCAGCCCAUGUACUCUGUAGGUAGGAACGGUUUGACGUGUUUCACUUGCAUCUGAUAGGUAAAUAAAAUAACUGAAUUUCAUCUGUAUUUUAAAUGAAAAUUAAAUAAUAAAAUGUACCCAGAGCUGCUGCUUUCUUUUUUUUUUUUUUAAACUCAUGUAUGGUUUGAAUUGUAAUAAAACUUCCUGGUUGUACAGAUAUAUAAAAUAAUAAUAAAAAAAGCAACUAUUAAAAAUGA